CAGCAACUGUUGGUUCCUCAGAAUGGGCUUCGACAGCAACGGCGAGCUGAUGGACAGCAGGUCAAAGGUCGGCUUCUGCUCGGGCUCGUGUCACGCCGCGCACAUCCUGCAGGUUCUGAACGGAUACAGACGGAGCGGCACCUUCACAGACGUGGUUCUGCAGGUGGACGGAUGUGAGUUCCCGUGUCACCGCGCAUCCCUCUGCGCUAGCAGCGAGUUCUUCCGCUCGAUGCUCAGCAGCGGCUUCCGGGAGAGCCGGCAGGCCGUGGUCACGCUCAAGGGGAUCUCCGGGAAGGCCAUGGAUCAGCUGCUGGACUUCAUGUACGAGGGCCGGCUCACGCUGGACGAGGAGAACGUGGAGAGCGUGUUCCAGGCCGCCGACCAGCUGCAAGUGUCCGAGCUUUCCCGAGCCUGCGUGCAGUUCCUCCAGGAGCGCGUCUGCCACUCGAACUGCCUCGGCCUCAUGAGCUUCGCCGGCUCGUACUCCCUGCAGCCGCUGCAGGAUCAGUGCCAGUCGCUCCUGUACCGGGACUUCCAGCAGGUGCUCCGGCACGAGGAGUUCCUGGAUCUAGGCCGGGAGCGAGUGCUGGAGCUGCUGGGAUGCGAGCGGAUGCUGGUGAGCGAGGAGGUUCGGGUGACGGCUGCGCUCCGAUGGGUCCACCACCGGCCGGACCAGAGGACCGGAGCGCUCCGGGAGCUGUUGGAGACGCUGCGUCUGCCGCUCCUGGAUCCCGGGUUCCUCGCCAGCACGCUGGAGGCGGACGAGCUGGUGCAGGAGUGCCGGGAGGUCCGUCCGCUGCUUCAGGAGGCACGCGUGUACCGGGCGUACGGGCGGGAGGUGCAGUCGGAGCGAACCAGACCCCGCCGGAGCUGUGGCUGGGCCGAGAUGAUCUUCGUGAUCGGAGGCUGUGAUAAGAACGGGUUCUCCAGACUGUCCUUCAUGGAGAAGCUGAACAUGGAGUCCAGGGAAUGGCUCUCGGCCAACGUUCUGCCCGGAUACUCCAAAUCUGAGUUCGCAGCCUGUGAACUUCAGAACGACAUUUAUAUAUCAGGCGGGCAGCUGAACAGCGCAGACGUGUGGCGCUACAUGACGCAGCUCAACCAGUGGGUCCGAGUCCGCGGGCUGAACAAAGGCAGAUGGAGGCAUAAGAUGGUGUCCAUGUGUGGGAAGCUGUAUGUGGCCGGCGGUUAUAACGGUCGCGAGCGUCUGUCCAGCGUGGAGUGUUACAGUCCGCAUGAGAACACCUGGACGAGCGUCUCUGACCUGCUGAUGCCCGUGAGUUCUGCCGCUCUGAGCAGCUGCGCCGGGAAACUCUACGCCAUCGGAGGAGCCGUGAGCGAACACGCCAACACUAACCAGGUGCAGUGUUAUGACCCGCUGACGGACCGAUGGGCGUUUGUGUCGAACUGCCCGUUCUCUCACCGCUCCAUCAGCGCCGUCACACUCAACGGCUGCAUCUACGUCAGCGGAGGCUUGCUGGACCAGAUCUUCUGUUACUCGCCCAGUACAGACAGCUGGAGUUCUGCUGCGGUGCUGCCCGUCAGAGUGGAGGGCUGUGGCCUGACAGCGUGUGAAGGGAAGGUGUAUGUUGUCGGGGGUCGGAGUGAGUCUUCUUCUGCCGUUGAUCAGAUCUGGGCGUUCGACCCAGCGAGUGGAAAACUGACCGAGGAGAAGCCACUGACCCGAUGCCUGAGUUACCAUGGGUGUGUGAGCGUCUUACAGCGAGUCGGACCCACUGACACACACACACACUCCUCAUCAACUAAAACUGAAACACACACACACCCCUCAUCAACUAAAACAGGCAUCUAGUCCAACUAGAUGCAUCUUCAGAGGUUCUGACAUGAUCUCUCCACUGACAAACA